UGAUAAAUAUUACUUACUUAUUAUUCCAUGUUUCUAAAAAAAAAAAUUCCUUUUCCAUAAUAGUAUUCCAGUAUUUCUUUCACCCUCUCCUUCUCUUCGAUUCGAUCUGCACCCAACCCAGCAAGUACCCAUUUCUCAAAAACAAGUUUUGGCAAAGAAAAAACCUUCUAUAUCAUCCACCUCAACCCAUCAAGCAAUGGCAGCCUCAGUUGGUGAAAAUUCUGUAGAGAGCAAAACUACUCUCGCUGAACUUGCUCCGCUUCAAGCAGUGCUAUUUGACAUAGAUGGAACUAUAUGUGAUUCUGAUCCACUCCACCACUAUGCCUUCCGUGAAAUGCUUCAAGAGAUUGGUUUCAAUGGAGGGGUGCCAAUUACUGAGGAAUUCUUUGUUGAUCAUAUUGCCGGCAAGCAUAAUGAUGAUAUUGCUGAGUUUCUCUUCCCUGAUGAUAUUCAACGGGGCUUGAAGUUUGUAGAUGAUAAGGAAGCCAUGUUUCGGAGAUUGGCCACAGAACAGUUGAAGCCUGUGAAUGGCCUAUAUAAAGUGAAAAAAUGGAUUGAAGACCGUGGAAUUAAACGGGCUGCAGUUACCAAUGCUCCAAAAGCAAAUGCUGAACUCAUGAUCUCAAGCCUUGGCCUGUCAGACUUUUUUGAAGCGCUUAUUGUCGGAAGUGAAUGUGAACAUGCCAAGCCACACCCAGAUCCCUACUUGAAGGCGCUUGAAAUAAUCAAUGUAUCAAAGGAUCACACUUUCAUAUUUGAGGAUUCUGUUUCAGGAAUAAAAGCUGGAGUGGCCGCUGGGAUGCCAGUUGUUGGUAUAGCUACCAGAAAUCCAGAACACUUACUGAUGGAAGCAAAGCCAGUCUUCCUUAUAAAGGAUUAUGAGGAUCCAAAAUUGUGGGCAGCCUUAGAAGAGCUUGAUAAGAAAUGAGGUAUUUCUAUAGUAUAGUAGCAGAUCCUCAAAAAAAAAAAAAAAAAAAAAAAAAAAUCUACAGUAGCAGGUUGAAACAUUUGCAGUAGUGGGUUGAAACAUUUAUAGAAACUUACUCAUAACUGUUAAAUAAUUCUGUUGUAGAGGAGCCUUUUGGUCCUUCACUUGUAGCUGCUUGACCUGCGAUUGAUACAUUAUUACUCAAGUCAAUGAUUAAUUAUGAGAUUUAUGUCA